AUGAGAAAAUUAUUCUUGGUAGCUCUUUUUUUGGUAGCAGUUUCUUGCAUCUCUAUCGAUAAUCCUAUUCUUAGUAAAUUGAGAACUGAGGACUUAGAGUAUUACUCUAGCGAAAUCAAGCAAACUAUUGAAGAAAACAUCCAAUAAGCUCUUCAAUUCAAAACUUGCGAUGCAUGUCUUAUCGCCUUCAAUAUGAUUGCCCCUUCCCAGGUCAUUGCCAUCAGAGAAAAGCUCAGAGCCAUUGCUAUUAAGAUCUGCAACUCUUUUAUGGAUAAAGACGUAUGCCAAGGUGUUAUGGUUGAUUACUUUAACUCUUUCGUAGAAAACUUCUUUUCUCGUUAUCUUACUAAUGAUCAUGUUUGUGUCUUCUUGAAGGCAUGUGAAACAAAAACUGAACAAGUAGAUUUCGAAGCCUGGAAGCAAAUGGUUCUUGCUGAUAAGCCAGCUUAAGAUAAGCAAGCCGCUCCCAAAAACCCUGAGCUUUUUAGAGUACUUCACUUCACUGAUUUGCACACUGACUUAGAAUACGAAGUAGGAUCUUUAGCUGAUUGCGACUAGCCUUUUUGCUGCCGUCCUGAAAGUGGAGAUGCUCCCUCUGACGAAAGCAAACAAGCUAAAUACUGGGGAAGUAAUGCCAAAUGCGAUUUACCUUUGCGUACUGUUGAAGCUCUUUUAAUCGAUUCUAAGACCAAAGGUGGAGACAUCGAUAUGAUUGUUUGGACUGGUGAUAACACAAGUCACGAUGUCUGGCAUUAAGACCAAAAGAAUCAAACUCUUCCUCAAUAAAAAAUAUCUGAAUUAAUCGAAAAGCAUUUCCCUGAUGUCCCCAAAUUCCCCAUUUUCGGUAAUCACGAAUGUUUCCCUGCUGAUUAAUAUGACUAUACAGUUAAAGACUCUACUAGAUGGGUUAGAGAAUAAUCUGCCAAUAUGUGGAAAACAUGGUUAGAAUCUGAAGCCUUAAUUUCAUUGGUUGCCAACGGAUAUUACUCUCAAUACGAUCCCAAGACCAAUGUCAGAGUCAUUGCCACUAACACUUAGGCUUGCGAUAUGCUUAACUUUUACUUGAUUAGCAACAACACUGACCCUGCUGCUUAAUUAGAAUUCAUUAGAAAAGAAUUAUACAUUGCUGAAUAAAACUAAUAAAAAGUUUUCCUUAUUGGACAUAUUCCUUUUGGUGACAACACUUGCUCUUCAUAAUGGGCUAUGAGAAUUUAAGUCCUUAUUGAUAGAUUCGAAAACACCAUCAUCGGUUAAUUCUAUGGACACACUCAUAACGAUCACAUUGAAGUAGUUAAGAGUGCUACUGGUGAAGACAGAUCAGUUGGAACAAUUUUCAUUGCUCCUAGUGGAACAACUUAUUCUUACUAAUCUCCUUCUUACAGAAUAUUUGCUUAUGAAAAUGAGAAGGUUUCAAACUAUUUCUAAUAUAGACUUGAUUUAGAAAAGGCUAACAAAAAUACUUAAGUCUCUCCAGUUUGGGAUUUAGCAUACGAUCUCAAGAGCGAAUAUGGUUUGAAGGACGUAUCAAACAAUGAAAUUUACAAUUUCGCCUUCAAGACUUUGGUUAACAACAAGAACGCUUUAUAAAAGUAUGUUGAUAACUAUUGGACUGGCAGCUAGAAGCUUAUCCCUAAAAUAAAUUCUGCAUCUAAGACAAAGUACACUUGCAUGGCUUAAAACGUAGUUUUCGAUGAUAGAUUAAAAUGCUUUGGUAUCUAUGCCUUAACAAGUUAUCCUGAUGAACUUCUCUACAAACUUAUCUAAGUUAUUCAAGGUCCUUGGUUAAUUAAAAAAUCUAACUGA